AUGGCCAAGGAUUCAUUGCCUAAGCAAACGGUCAAAGAGCCGUCGUUGAAGGACUGUACUUGUAAGAGAUGUCUUAAAUUGAGUGUUUCCAGAGAUAAGAAGAUUGGAAGAAAGAAGAAGGGCGAAGAGAAAAGAGAGAGGCAUUACGGCAGUAGACGAAAACUAACGUUUAACUUCUUGAAGCAUACAAAUUUGGGCAAUACCAAUUACGACGUGAUCACUUCCGUUGGAUAUCUUAAUGAAAAGUAUGGACUAAAGAAAUCGCAUUACAUCGAAAAAUUCAUCAAAUGUAUCCACAGGAAAAUAAAUAUUGAUGUGAGCAAAAUCACCGACGCUUAUGUGGACUCGCUAAAUCCCUGGGUCAAAGUGAAGCUGUUUCUUUUGUUGGUGACUUUGUCUGAAAAAGGUGGUCCUGAAUAUUGGCUCGAUAAAACAGAAGGUGAUAAGAACUCGGAAUCCUCUUCAUCAGAGUAUGGCACGACCAAUGCUGCCAAAGGUGAGAGUAACGCUAAAUUUUCAGCGCUAAAAGACGAAAUGACUAAAACUCACAAAAACCUUUUUCCCACUUUGACAGAACAGAUCAUACAGCAUAACAUCAAUCAAGAUUUCACGGAAUCUACUUAUGACGAGGAUUACGUCUUUUCUUCUAUUUGGGCAAACUUCAUGGAGGGAUUAAUCAAUCAUUAUUUGGAAAAGGUCAUUGUACCUUAUUCAGAAAUGAAAGUCUGUCAGCAAUUGUAUAAACCGAUGAUGAAAAUUAUCUCGCUAUACAACGAGUAUAAUGAGCUUAUGGUUAAAAGUGAAAAGAAUGGGUUUUUGCCCUCUCUUCAAGAAUCCGAGAAUAGCAAAUGUGAGAAAAGCGAAAACGAGGGAAAGGAUGAUGCUGUUAGUCAAGAAAGGCUCGAAAGAGCCCAAAAGUUGUUAUGGCAAGCUCGAGAAGAUAUUCCAAAAACUAUCAGCAAAGAAUUGACUUUGUUAUCGGAAAUGUAUUCAACAUUAUCUGCUGAUGAGCAAGAUUACGAACUAGAUGAAUUUGUCUGCUGCGCAGAGGAAUACAUUGAGUUAGAAUAUCUGCCUGCGCUUGUUGAUGUUCUGUUUGUUAAUUGUGGUACAAACAACUUCUGGAAAAUCAUGCUGGUGUUGGAACCCUUUUUUUACUACAUCGAGGACGUCGGCGGAGAUGAUGAAGAAGAUGAAGAUAAUGUCGAUAACAGUGAUAAUGAGGAAGACCGCUUACUUACCAACAACGUGGAGGGAGGCGAUAAUGUAGCUGAACAUAAUUUCAAACCUGAUCCAAGAGUGAUUACUCUGGAAAAAAUAUGCGAAGUUGCUGCGAGACAAAAGUGGAUAUAG